UUCUUUUUGAUGGCUUAAAAGUUGCAAUUUGCUAUUUGCUAUAAGGUGAUAGUAAGCAUCUGAGUUCCGAAGAGGAUGAGGUAAUCGACCUGCCUCUGUGCUGCCUGGUUUAGGGUGUUUAUCAGAUCUCCGGCUGUUGUUCAGCUUUUAUGUUUUAUUUUUUUUUGCUUGCUUUCGUCAUGGUAUUUUCUUUUUGAUUUGCUAUAAAGUGAUGAUAAGCAAUAGAAGCCGACUUAUGUUAAUUGGUUCUAAAUGAGUGAAUGGCAGCAAUACCAUCAUGGUUCUCUUGCAUUAUAUAUAAAGACUAAAAUCAUUCAUUUGUUCAUCUAAGAAAACAAAAAUUUUAGUUGUUAUUCUUCACAUAUGUUUUCUUAGAAGAUUAAGUUCCAUCCAAGUGACAACGAAGAAGUAAAACUAAGGUCCUUAGGUGCUCGCCUGCUAGAAGAGGUGCAUUAGAAGCUGGCCUCUCUUUCUCUUUUUAUAAAUCGUUUCUUUGUAGAGAUACAUAGUUUUCUCUCAGUCUACCAUCUCUUAUUAUCAAUUGCAAGUUGCGAGGAAAGUUAGAUAUGCUUUUGUUUAAAUUGAAACACUGUGUUCUGCGUUUUAAACAAUGAGUUUCUGGGUUAGAAGUAUCUCAACACAUGGUUUAUGUUGAUAGUUUAUCAAGGUUGCAGCUGAUCCAUCUCUAAUCGAGCUGCUUUUGUAAUAUUGCAAUACACGGCAGAGCUUUGGCUAUUGCGAAACAUUUUAUUUUUGGAAGUUGAGACACACACCAAACGCGAGAGCUUCUUCCGCAAUGGGGCAGUAUGACAGUGCUGAAUAUGUUACUAUUGGUGAAGUGCCAACUCCCCCGGCAGAUAACUUCAAGAAAGUCUCAGUUUUACCACUUAUUUUCCUGAUCUUCUAUGAGGUUUCUGGAGGUCCAUUCGGGGUGGAGGACAGUGUCCAAGCUGCCGGACCAUUUCUCGCUCUUCUCGGUUUUUUGGUGUUUCCAUUCAUCUGGAGCAUUCCGGAAGCAUUAAUAACUGCUGAGAUGGGCACUAUGUUCCCUGAAAAUGGUGGUUAUGUUGUUUGGGUUGCAUCUGCAUUAGGUCCCUAUUGGGGGUUUCAGCAAGGCUGGAUGAAAUGGCUGAGUGGGGUCAUUGAUAAUGCUUUAUAUCCUGUUUUGUUUCUUGACUAUUUAAAGUCUGCAAUCCCUGCAUUAGGAGGUGGCUGGCCAAGAAUCUUUGCCGUGCUAGCUUUAACGUUAGUGCUCACAUACAUGAACUAUAGGGGUUUAACAAUUGUAGGAUGGGUUGCUGUUCUUCUCGGGGUUUUCUCGAUCCUUCCUUUUGUGGUCAUGGGGUUUGUGUCGAUUCCAAAAUUAAAGCCUUCAAGAUGGCUUGUGGUAAACAUGCAUCAUGUGGAUUGGAAUUUAUAUUUGAACACGCUCUUUUGGAAUCUAAACUAUUGGGACUCUAUAAGUACUCUUGCUGGAGAGGUAGAGAACCCAAAAAAAACUCUCCCAAAAGCAUUGUUUUACGCUUUGAUCUUAGUGGUGGUUGGGUAUUUCUUUCCGCUUUUAGUUGGCACGGGGGCUCUUCCCCUUGAUCGUGAGCUGUGGACUGAUGGUUAUUUCUCGGACAUAGCUAAAUUGCUGGGUGGAGUUUGGUUGAGAUGGUGGAUCCAAGCAGCUGCAGCGAUGUCAAAUAUGGGGAUGUUUGUGGCUGAGAUGAGUAGUGACUCUUUCCAACUUUUGGGAAUGGCUGAGCGUGGGAUGCUGCCUGAGUUCUUUAGCAAGAGGUCUCGCUAUGGAACUCCUCUAAUCGGGAUCUUAUUUUCGGCUUCAGGCGUUUUAUUGUUGUCAUGGUUGAGCUUUCAAGAGAUUGUAGCUGCAGAGAACUUCUUGUAUUGUUUCGGGAUGAUUUUGGAGUUCAUAGCAUUCAUACGUCUAAGGAUGAAAUAUCCAGCUGCAUCACGACCUUACAAAAUACCCGUUGGAACAGUUGGGUCGAUUCUCAUGUGCAUUCCUCCAACCAUAUUGAUUUGUGUUGUCUUAGCUAUUUCUUCACUCAAAGUUGCAGUGAUUAGCCUUGUCGCGGUUGUAAUUGGCCUUGUAAUGCAGCCUGGUCUCAAGUACGUUGAGAAAAGAAGAUGGCUCAAGUUCUCUACUAGCGCAAACCUUCCCGACCUACACAACGAUUCCCCAUUAAGAUGACAUAUCGUGAUCAAAACUCAAAGGUAAAGUUCUUGGUCAAUUCGCGAGCCCAUAUACUCCAUUGAAAAGGUGUUUUAGUUGUAGUUUAUGCAAAAGCCUAAACAAGCAUGUUUAUUGCUGAAUUUGAUAUUGUCAGAAUUAAUUGGACCGAUUGAAUCGGAGAUCAACUGUCACAGUUUCCAACCAAUAAGAAACCGACUGCUAUCGGUUAUAAUUGCUUUCAUAUCCUUUGGCUAGUCUAUGAUUUUUAUUUCUGAAAUUUUAUUUUAUUUCAAAAUGAAAUCAUUGCACAUAA